UCACAUGACAGCAGCUGUUUUGACAGAUUUCGUUAAGACAAGUAACCAUUACUCAAUGUUUGACAUUAAAGGUUCAAGAUCACUUCUACCCACUGAAAUAUAGGUAUAGAGAUCAGUACUUCUACUCCUUCUAUCACUACCACUACCCGAGAAAAAGUAACAAAAUCGUAUUGGCUUCGUAAAAAGUAACCUGAUUUUUGUGGUGCAAAAAUUUUUUUUUAUUCACAUCCCUUCUAAAAUCUGUGAAAGUGAAAAAAUAGACGGAGUAGUAUAAGCAGGUAUCUAGAUAUCAUUGUGUUAUCGGGCAUUUUUUGAAGUGAAGAACUUUAUUUGGUCACUUUCUAAACACAGUUGAUGGUUUCUUCAUCCAGUGCUAUUCCUACUCAUUAAAGAGGAGGUGAAACAAAAUAUUUGCUUCGAUUAAGUUACAGGUAGUCUUAAACAAAUUCUAAACACAACAGCAGCUGUAAAAUUAGCUGAGAUGCGAGAACUGCCUCGGCUCACACGUUCACUGCGUGCCUUCACAGACUUAGGACGAUUAAAGAAACUUGACAAUGAGAAGAAUAAUCUUAUUGCCAAACGACUAGAGAGAGCUGCAAAAUCGAACAAAGGGCCAACCUGGUCAGAAAUAUGCAAAUUUGUAGACAAAAAUGCUGUUCCAUAUUUACAUCAAAUACAUCACGAAGCUUCCAGUUUCUGCGAGGGACAGACUUCCGAACUAAAAGACGAAGCUGCAAUAUUCAUAUUAAAGCUUUUGAUUAAUGAAAAUAAUGUCAGCCAGAAAAAUCUCAAGAUCUUACGACAAACAUUCGGUUUGAUUACACUGGAAAAAGCUAAUACAAUAAUGCAGUUAAUAAAAGCAAUCCGAGAGCGAAUAUCAGAGGCAUCAAUGGAAUACAUACUUAAUUCGGAAGAAAAAGAGAAUGGUUUACUGGAUUUUCCACCCCACAUGUUUGGUCUUGAUAUUCCCUUUUUUCCAGCAAAAGUCACUUGGCCCGAAACUAAGAAACUGCAAGAUAUGUCUGCAAAAAAUCCAAUCAAAAUUACCAGCAAAUUCACCAUGGCAUAUAAUGCUGAGACUGUUUCAUCAAAUAAAACUGAGUUUGAAAAGAGUCGAUUCACAAAAGGACUGAAAAAAUGUUAUGAGAAAUACUCAGCAGAAAUGAUAUACGAAGAUUUUGGGCAUAUGAUAGUGGAUAAGUUAAAAUGUGGCGGUGAUAAUCUUCAAACAGAACUCUUUGAUCUUCUUGGCUAUGAGAAUAUAGAAUUCAUUGAAUACGUUCUUGAGCAUCAGAAAAGUAUCGUUGCCUUAUUCACUAUUCAAAAGACUCAAAAAAACAACACACCUAUACUAAGGCCGCAAGUAGGAUGUCAAGUAAUUGUUCAGUCUGAGAAAGAAAAGCAACUGAUGAAACAGUAUCGCAAGGAAGAGAAAAAGCUAAAUAAAAUUACAAACAAAUUGGAAAAUGGUGAAGAUGAUGACGAGGAAACUUUUGAUCCUGUUGAGCUACGUCUAAAAAGACAAGAAGCAUUGAUGAGACAAGCCAUGCAAGCUCCGAUCCUCAACACGACUCAAAGAAACAUUUUUCCGUCUGGUAUUCGAGCAGAGAGGUAUCCAUUCGUUUUCGAUUCAAAGCUUACUGCGAGAGCUGCUGCAGGCUUUGUUUCUGGACAAAAGGUCAUGUUACCAGAAAAUGUUGAGAGAAAAGAUUCUCAAUUAUGCGAGGAAGUACAUAUACCAGUUCCUCCAGCCGCAGUUCUGGAUGUUGGCAAUAAUCCUGUGAUAAUAUCUUCAUUGGAUGAGGUUGGUCAAAUGGCGUUUCAUGGUAUAAAAUCAUUGAAUAGAAUACAAAGCAUAGUCUUUGACGCUGCCUAUCAUACAAACGAAAACUUGUUGAUUUGUGCUCCAACUGGAGCUGGUAAAACUAAUGUUGCAAUGUUAACUGUGAUACAUCAGAUUAAACUGCAUAUUGCACAAGGAGUUUUAAAAAGAGAUCAAUUUAAAAUAGUAUAUAUAGCACCUAUGAAAGCUUUGGCAGCUGAAAUGACAUCCAGUUUCAAUAAAAGAUUGGGAUGUUUGGGCGUUUCUGUGCGAGAACUCACUGGUGAUAUGCAGCUAACAAAAGUUGAGAUUCAGCAAACACAGAUGAUUGUUACUACGCCAGAAAAAUGGGAUGUUGUUACAAGGAAAGGAACUGGAGAUAUAGCGCUCACAAGUAUAGUUAAGUUACUAAUUAUUGAUGAAGUUCAUUUGCUUCAUGGAGAUCGUGGACCUGUUGUUGAAGCAUUGGUUGCCCGUACCCUCAGACAGGUCGAAUCAUCUCAAAGUAUGAUCAGAAUAGUUGGACUCUCUGCAACUCUACCCAAUUAUACAGAUGUGGCGAAAUUCCUCCGGGUAAAUCCACACAAGGGUUUGUUUUACUUUGAUCAUCGAUUUCGACCUGUACCUCUCGGCCAGACUUUUAUAGGUGUGAAGGCAGUGAAACCUUUACAGCAAAUGGCUGAUAUGGACCUUGUAUGUUACAAUCACGUUGUCGAUAUGGUUCGCAAAGGUCAUCAGGUAAUGGUGUUUGUACAUGCUCGUAAUGCUACAAUCCGAACAGCAACGGUUCUCAAAGAAAUGGCAUUACAAAAUGGCACGCAAAAAUUAUUUAUGUCCGAUGGUAACACUGGACUCGCCCAAAAAGCACUGGCAAAAUCCCGAAACAAGCAUCUCGGAGAGUUAUUUUCCUAUGGGUUUUCUGUACAUCAUGCUGGAAUGUUACGUACAGAUAGGAAUCUGGUGGAAAAAUAUUUUGCAGAUGGUUUGAUAAAGGUUCUUGUGUGCACAUCGACACUAGCUUGGGGUGUUAAUUUACCAGCACAUGCCGUCGUUAUACGUGGUACAGAAAUAUAUGAUUCAAAACAUGGGACAUUCAUUGACCUAGGCAUUUUAGAUGUAUUGCAAAUAUUUGGUCGCGCUGGUCGACCACAAUUUGAUACAUCUGGACAUGGCACAAUAAUCACAACCCAUAACAAAUUGUCCCAUUAUCUUUCGUUACUGACCAACCAAUUUCCGAUUGAAAGUAACUUUAUUACCUAUUUGGCGGAUAAUUUGAAUGCUGAGAUCACACUAGGAACGAUAUCGAAUGUAGAAGAAGCAGUCGAGUGGCUAAGUUACACAUAUUUAUUUGUUCGAAUGAGACUCAACCCUCAAGUAUAUGGAAUCAAUUAUCAGGAUGUUAUUGAAGAUCCCAACUUGGAACGAAAACGAAAGGAGUUAAUUGACACAGCUGCAAAAGCCUUGGAUAAAGCUAAAAUGAUUCGUUACAUUACUCGUACUGGAGAUCUCAGUGUAACUGAUUUGGGUAGAACGGCGAGUCAUUUUUAUAUUAAAUAUGAUACUGUGGAAAUAUUCAACGAACAUAUGAAGCCCAUUAUGACUGAAGCUGACGUACUGGGAAUGAUAUCUAGGUCACAAGAAUUUGAGCAGCUUAAAGUCAGAGAUGAUGAGAUGGACGAAUUGGACAAUUUAACUACAGACUAUUGCGAGGUUUUAGUACAAGGUGGAGCAGAGAAUAUUCAUGGAAAAGUGAAUAUUUUACUGCAAACAUACUUGUCACGGGGUCGUGUCAAUUCUUUUUCUUUGUUAUCGGAUCAGUCCUACAUCACACAGAAUGCUGUUCGUAUCUGUCGAGCUUUAUUUGAGAUGGUAUUGCGAAAGAACAAUGCAAUUAUGGCAGGACGUUUGCUAGGCAUAGCAAAAAUGUUGGAGUUACAACAGUGGGACCAUAUGAGCCCCAUGCGCCAGUUCUGUUGUUUGCCUCAAGAUAUUAUCACAAAAAUUGAAGAUCGUCACCUUACAAUGGAAAAACUUAAAGAUAUGGAUAUUAAAGAAAUUGGAAAUAUUUUGAGAAACCAAAAGAUGGCAGGUUUGAUUAAAAAGUGUUGCAGUGAAUUCCCUUCCCUAGAAUUAGAGGCAAAUUUGCAACCAAUCACACGAACAGUUCUUCGCAUUCGUUUAAAAAUUACUCCAGAUUUUCGCUGGAAUGAUAGAGUGCAUGGAAAAAGUUCGGAAGCCUUUUGGAUUUGGAUAGAAGACCCAGACAGUAAUUUUAUCUAUCAUCAUGAAUACUUUUUGGUAACAAGGAAAAUGGUUUAUGAGAAAGCAGAUCAAGAUCUUGUGAUGACAAUUCCACUCUCAGAACCUUUGCCAACUCAAUACUUUGUGAAGGCUGUUAGCGAUCGUUGGUUAGGAUGUGAAAUGGUACUAGCUUUAUCAUUUCAAGGUCUGAUCCUUCCAGAGACUCACCCACCACAUACUGAUUUAUUAGAACUACAACCACUGCCAGUAACUGCAUUGAAGGAUCCGAAGUUCGAAAAUUUAUAUAAAUUUUCCCACUUCAAUCCAAUCCAAACGCAGAUUUUCCACUGCCUUUAUCAUACCGAUAAUAAUGUUCUUCUGGGAGCUCCAACGGGUUCGGGAAAAACAAUUGCUGCGGAAAUUGCUAUGUUCAGGGUAUUCAAAGAAUACCCUGGUCAAAAAGUAGUAUACAUAGCUCCACUCAAAGCUUUAGUCAGGGAAAGAAUCAACGACUGGAAAGUGAGAAUAGAAGAAAAAUUAGGAAGAACUGUUGUCGAGUUAACGGGUGAUGUUUCUCCAGAUGUACGAGCAAUAGCUAGCGCAAGCGUAAUCGUAACAACCCCUGAAAAGUGGGACGGAAUUAGCAGAAGUUGGCAGACAAGAAAUUAUGUUCAAAAAGUAGCACUCAUCAUAAUAGAUGAAAUCCACCUUCUGGGUGAAGACAGAGGUCCGGUUCUGGAAGUGAUUGUCUCACGAACAAACUUUAUCGCCUCUCAUACUUCUAAAGCAUUGAGAAUCGUGGGCCUUUCUACAGCGUUGGCUAAUGCUGUUGACUUGGCAAAUUGGCUUGGAAUUGAACAGAUGGGACUUUAUAAUUUCCGACCAUCAGUUCGGCCAGUGCCAUUAGAGGUUCACAUUAGUGGAUUCCCAGGCAAGCACUAUUGUCCACGAAUGGCGACGAUGAAUCGUCCAACUUUCCAAGCGAUCAGGCAGCAUGCUCCCUGCAGCCCUUCUCUUGUUUUUGUGUCUUCUCGAAGGCAAACUCGUUUAACAGCAUUAGAUUUGAUUGCUUAUCUUGCUGCCGAAAAUGAUCCAAAACAAUGGUUACAUAUGCUUGACGAUGAAAUGGACAAUAUUCUGGUCAACAUCAAAGACACUAAUUUAAAAUUGACCUUAGCUUUUGGAAUUGGACUCCAUCAUGCUGGUCUGCAGGAUAGGGAUAGAAGAACUGUAGAAGAACUCUUUGUAAAUAACAAAAUACAGGUACUAAUAACAACUGCGACUUUAGCUUGGGGAGUAAACUUUCCUGCUCACUUGGUUGUAAUAAAAGGUACUGAAUAUUACGAUGGAAAAUCAAAACGAUACGUUGACAUGCCAAUAACAGAUGUACUACAGAUGAUGGGUCGAGCUGGUAGACCUCAAUUUGAUGAUUCUGGGGUAGCUGUAGUUCUUGUUCAUGACAUCAAGAAGAACUUCUACAAAAAAUUCUUGUACGAGCCAUUUCCAGUCGAAUCAAGCCUACUAGAAGUAUUACCAGAUCACAUUAAUGCCGAGAUUGUUGCCGGCACGAUAAAGAAUAAGCAAGAAUUCCUUGACUAUUUAACGUGGACGUACUUCUUUAGAAGAUUGAUGAAGAAUCCGAGGUAUUACGAACUCGAGGUGUUAGAUCCAGCAGAAGUUAAUUUAUAUCUUUCUGGGCUGGUUGAGAAGACUCUCAGUGUAUUAAUAGAUUCGUAUUGUAUUGACUAUGAUGAGGGUGAAAAAUGUUUGUCUCCUCUUUCAAUGGGCAGGAUAGCAUCGUUCUAUUAUCUAUCCCAUCAGACAAUGUUAUUGUUCAACAAUAAUUUGAAACAGAAUCUGACACUGGAACAACUCUUGCGAAUCGCAUGCGAUGCCUAUGAAUACAAUCAAUUACCAGUGCGACACAAUGAAGACUUACUUAACGAGGAAUUGGCAAAAAUGUGUCGUCAUGCGGUGGAUUCAUCAACUUUAGAUUCUCCAAAUACUAAAACAUUUCUACUACUGCAAGCACAUUUCUCCAGAUUGCCUUUACCCUGUGCAGACUAUCUAACUGAUCUUAAAUCUGUUCUUGACCAAGCUAUCAGGAUACUGCAGGCAAUGAUAGAUAUUGUGGCCGACCGGGGUUGGCUUGGAGCAGCAUUGCGUCUCAUGCAAGUGCUUCAAAUGAUUAUUCAAGCAAGAUGGGUUGAUGAGUCUGCGUUGCUAACUUUACCACAUCUGGAGAAGGAGCAUUUGCGGUUAUUCUCUACGUUGCCAAAAUCUUUGCCCAUGUUAUGCACUGUCACCCAUGGAAAUUACAGCCGGCUAGCAAAUGCUCUACAAGAAGAAUUUGUUGACAGUGAAAUUCAGCAGAUACAUCAAGUUAUCAAGGAAAUGCCAGUAAUAUCCGUAGAACUGACAUUACAAGGCUGGUGGGCGGAUGGUAGUACAGAGAAGAAAAUACCUCAGCCUGCCGGACCUAAUUGCUGGAUAGAUGUUCACGAAAGCAGUGAUUACACACUAAUUGUGGGCAUGAAAAGAAAGAAUCACUCUCACAAUCUCAAAGCACAUUGCCCUAAGUUUCCAAGAGGAAAAGAUGAGGGUUGGUUUUUGAUAUUAGGUGAUGAAACCGAAACGGAGUUAUUAGCUCUAAAGAGAGCAUCGGGUAUUAGAGGGCAGCGCAAGUGUAGUCAGCUAUUUUUUUCCACUCCACCAUGCAUAGGUCGCAAAAAAUUGACGUUUUAUCUGAUGUCUGAUUGUUACAUGGGGCUGGAUCAACAGUACGACGUACAUUUGAAUGUCAUUCCAUCGUCAAGUACUGAUCAAUAAUUUAUUACAUGUUGGUAUAUCUAGAGAUAAGACUUAUCCUUUACAGAAAAGUGAGUGUUUGGAAUUUGAUGAUAAUAAGUUAACACAUAGAAAAUGUGAACUAAGCUGUUUUAGAAAUUAUUCCAAAGGGUAAGUACCUAGCUGUUUCCUCAGUAAUACCAUAAGCAAGUAUAAACGUAUAAUCGGUAAAAAAUUCUAAAGAAAUUUGAUGAGAAAAUAAGAAAAAUUACGAAUGCGGUACGUUAUUAAACUAGAAUAUAGUGCCAAUUUAUGUAUUUAACUUACCAAUAGCACAUUUUAUAGCUGUUCUUUAUGAACGGUGGGCAUUUGUUACGAAAAUUUUAGCUGAUACACGUACUUCACUUUACAAUUAAUAUUCACAGACAGCGAUGCUAGUUUAACAAAAAAAAUUCAUGGUCCAAUAAUCACCAGUAUGAUGUGAUAUAUAAUUUAUAAUAUAAUACCCAUGAGAAGCGUACCAAAAACGAGUAAUUGCAGAUACCAGGAGAAUAUGUGAAAUAUAUUUAUAAAUAUUCAGAUAAAGUUAUGUAAAAUAAUUUCGGAUAAUAAAAUAAUUUUGUUUUACCGA